AAGGAGAAACCUUGCCACGCCCUGCCAUUCGUGUAGAGGGAAGCGCGGCAGUGGGCGAGGAAAAAAAAGGGUCGCGAGGCAUUCCGCGAGUCACUUCGCUUUGCGUGGCGGAUGCGAGGCAAAAUUGAAGCAGCAAAAUACAAUUACUCUCUCUUGGAAAAUCAUCCGUUGCUCUCUUCUCUGUGCUAGUCUCCUCCGGCCACUGGUUUCUUCUAUUCUCUGCGAUAGUCUUCUCCGGCCAUAAUCCUUCACCUACAACCCACAGGCUACCUACGCCAAAAUUGCAUAUCUGAAGCAUUUGGAGCUUUCAGGAUCAUGAAGGACAGAGGAAUAAAACCCAGUAAGAAAUUUUAUAGCAUUUUCUUCAAGGAGCUCAUCAAAGUUUCUGGCACAAAUGAUAUUCUGAAAAUAUUUAAGGAAAUGGAAGAAGCCUCUGAACCUGGAGAUGAAUUCGUUCAACAGGUCACGUCUUAUUUGAAGAGGAAAGGAGAGGUGGAUAAGCUUAACGAGAUAAAGCAGAUUCAUGGGAACCGGAAUUGUAAAGCCCAUCCCGUAGGGAACGUUGAAAAGAAUAAAGCGAAACAAGAUCAGAUUCCUUCGGAUCAUCAACAUGAUGUUUGCCAAAUCAGUCAAAUUUUGUCAUCUUCCAUGGAUUUGUGGUCUAUAAAAGAACAAUUAGAGAAAUGCUGUAUACGGUUCACACCAGAAGUUGUUAUUGAAGUUCUGCAUUACUCUAGACUCCAUGCUGGCAUGGCAUUACAGUUUUUCUCAUGGGUAGGGAACCACACUGGUUAUAGACACACAACACAAUCCUACAAAUGGCCAUUAAGAUUGCAGGACAGGCCAAGGACUUUAAACAGAUGAGAAGCCUAUUUUAUGAAAUGAGGAGAAAAGGGUACUUAAUAACAAGUGACACUUGGACUAUCAUGAUAAUGCAAUAUGGACGAACAGGCCUCACCCACAUUGCUCUUCGAACUUUUCGGGAAAUGAAAGAAAGAGGGCACAGCCCUAAUGAAAGUACAUUUAAGCUUUUGAUCAAAUGCCUUUGUGGAAAGAAGGGUUGGAACGUUGACGAAGCAGUCAAGUUAUUCCAUGUGAUGAUCAAAAGGGGUUGCAGACCUGAUAAAGAGCUAGCUAAAGCCUACCUAAGCUGUCUGUGUGAAGCUGGAAAGUUAUCUGAUGCCAGAAGCUGUAUUGAAUCUCUACAGAAAACCGGUUUAAUCGUUCCUGUGAGGGAUCUCAACGGGCAUGCACGUCUCAAGGCGGACUUGAUAGAAGAAGUGUGGAAUAGAAACACUGGCAAAAGUCCACAACAAUUCUCGUAAACAAGUUUUUUAGUUCUCGAAUUAUUAUUAUGAUGUGUUUCUCGGAUUUUUUUAAAUGGUUGUAAUAGACUUUUAUGUUGAUC